AUGGCAGUGUACAGCGUAGUUGACAAUUUGAGGGUCUGCGUGGUGAUGGUGGGACUUCCUGCUAGAGGAAAGUCCUUGAUCGCCCAAAAACUGGUUCGUUAUUUAAGCUGGUUAAGCAUCAAUACAAAGUGUUUUAGCGUGGGCAAUUAUAGGCGCAAAGAAAGCGUUCAUCCAAGUGCAGAUUUUUUUGACCCCGAAAAUGAAAUGGGGUUUUUGAUAAGGAGACAGGCAACAGAUCUAGCUAUCAAGGAUAUGCUGGAAUGGUUUGACAACGGAGACGGCGUUGUAGGUAUUCUUGACGCCAGUAACAUCACUAACGAAAGGCGUAGGCAGGUCCUUCAAAUCAUGAGGGAAAACCAGAUUGAGCCUAUUUUCUUGGAGAGCUAUUGCGAUGACCAAGAGCUUAUUAGGAAGAAUGUGAAGGAUAUCCAAGAGACUUCCCCUGAUUACAAGUCUAUCCAAGAAGACUAUGCGAUAAAGGAUGUACUAGAGAGAAUCAGUAUUUACGAAAAGAGUUAUGAAAGCAUAGAUGUGGAACGAGAUUCUGACCUGACGUUUGUCAAGCUAAUCAAUGUCAAUACAGAGAUAAUCAUCAACAAGAUUGAGAGCUAUUUGGAGAGUAGAAUAGCUUUUUUCGUGAUGAAUCUUCAUAUCAAGCCCAGAUAUAUCUGGCUAUCCAGACAUGGAGAAAGUCAGUACAAUCUUGAAGGGAAGAUUGGGGGAGAUGCAGAUUUGAGUGAAAGAGGUUGGAAGUAUGCGAAGAAGUUGCCUUCUCUGGUAGAGAAAUACAUCCCCAAUCACGAGAAGCUGACAGUAUGGACAUCUACGUUGAAGCGAACUCAGCAGACAGGAUCGUAUCUUCCAUAUCCGAAGAAGACAUGGAAGGCAUUGGAUGAACUGGAUGCUGGCGUUUGUGAUGGUAUGACGUAUGAAGAAAUUGCAGAGAAGUAUCCAGAUGAUUUCAAGGCUAGAGACGAAGACAAGUUUGAAUAUCGGUACAGGGGAGGUGAAUCGUACCGCGAUGUGAUCCUGAGGUUGGAACCGAUUAUCAUGGAGAUGGAGAAUCUGGAAAACGUCUUAAUCAUUACGCAUCAAGCAGUUUUGAGGUGUAUUUAUGCAUAUUUUAUGAACGUUCCUCAACAGCAGUCUCCAUGGAUGAGCAUUCCCCUACACACUUUGAUCAGGCUGGAGCCAAGAGCUUAUGAGACUUUGGUUACUAGGAUCAAGGCUGAUAUACCUGCUGUGAGUACCUAUAAGGAGAAAGGUACUUCCAAGUUGGGAGAGUCCACCAAGAAUGACCAUUCAAUGGCUGGAGCCUUGAUUAGCAGUUCAUCAUCCAAGGAUGUUUGA